AUGCGGGACAUGGAGCCUCCGCUGUCCCCGCCCUCUCCCGCUCCCGCUACCGCGCCCUCUCUCGCGCCCUCCCGCCUCCGCCGCACGCUGCACUCGUUACGCUCACCGUUCCGCUCCGGCUCGCCCUUCCACAUUGGCUCGAUCAAACGCUCGGGCUCCACUAAAACCUCCGCCUCAGACGGAGAUAACGCGCGCGACGAACGCACGAUGCGUAAAAAAAUAAAAAAACAACGCGCCGACGCGUCUAGUGACGCCUCACGCAGCACCGACAGUUCGCCGAGCGUCGACAAAAAGAAAAAGGAAAGUGCCAGUUUCAUUCGUCGGAUGGGAACUAUCGGUAAGAAACGGGCCGAAGAAUCUACGCCCACGCCACCAAAACUAGAGGAUUCUUCACCCUCAACGUCACAAACAGAGAAAUGUAAACACCCACCACCCCAAUUAGAGGACACUACACCCCCGCCACCUCAAUCGGAUAAUACCUCUCCCCCGCCAUCGCAGCUAGAGGUUACACCGCCCCCGCCGCCUCAGUUAGAAGAACUAAAAUCAGAUUCUAACGGGGAAAAUAAAAAUAACUCUCCGAAUGAUAAGAAACACACAGUAUCAGUUUCAAAUCCUCUUACAUCAUCACCAGAGCCGGUCAGUCCCAUUGCGGUGGAACACGCAGUUGCGACGCGUCCGUUCACUAAAGACGCCUGGAAGCGUAAGAUAAAGCCACCCGAAAUACCUAAGCCAGUAGAAGAGCCGAGUCCCGGGAACGCUUUCAAGCGUCGUAUAGAGACUUCAGCUUGUCUUUCUGAUGAUCACGACGAAGACGACGACGACGACGAUGACGAUGAGGGCGCGGUGGGGAGCGGGGGCGAAGUGGGGUCACUGGAAGAGGCGGUGGCACUAGCGCGCGUGCGGCUCGGGGCCGGCGCGCACUCGCCCUCGCCACCGCAUUCGCGCGACUACAACGAAACAGAAGAGGAGGGGUCCGCGGACACAAUGCCGGCCUACGGAGACCUCAUCGAGCCGGAGAACAAAGCUGGGAACGGCAGCGGACCGUCACACGCGACACCAAGUGCAGAGCGCCGGGAGCAUCUCUACAAGAUCCUGGUAAUCGGAGAGCUCGGUACCGGGAAGACGUCAAUUAUCAAGCGAUAUGUGCAUCAAUUCUUCAGUCAACACUACCGCGCUACUAUAGGCGUGGACUUCGCUUUGAAGGUUCUUAAUUGGGACUCGAAUACGAUAAUACGCUUACAGUUAUGGGACAUCGCAGGUCAAGAACGUUUUGGCAACAUGACACGAGUGUAUUACAAGGAGGCGGUGGGCGCGUUCAUAGUGUUCGAUGUGUCCCGGGUAGCAACAUUCGACGCGGUGGUCAAGUGGAAGAACGACUUGGAUACGAAGGUGCAGUUGCCAGACGGGUCACCUAUACCCUGUAUAUUGUUGGCGAAUAAGUGUGACCAGCAAAAGGAGGGCAUAGUGAACUCACCAGCGAAGAUGGACGAAUAUUGUCGCGAAAAAGGAUUUGCGGGCUGGUUCGAAACAUCGGCUAAAGAAAACAUUAAUAUCGAAGAGGCAGCGCGCUCCUUAGUAAAUAAGAUCCUCCUCAACGACAAGCUGCUACACAAUAACGACAAGGACGGCGAAAAGUUUGCUCUCGACCACAAGAUCGCGAACGGCGAGAACAGCAGAAAUGGCGGCGGAAGCGGUAAAUCCUGCGCUUGCUGA